CAGACUGGAGGCACAGAAGAGGUUUACAAAGAGCAAAAGAGGCAGCAGGAGUUGGAGAACAACUAUAGGUUUGUGUGGGGAGAGUCCCAGGAGGAGUCCCAGUCAUCCGGCCCCUCUGACUCAGAUGACGUGGACAUAUGAGCUCAUUCAGUGCAGCUGUUGUGACGGUGAACUCCUGUGGAGGGAGCCCCAUUUAUUCAAUUACUGCUAUUAAAGCUGGUGGAUAACAUCUACUCACCUGUUUGCACAUUCUGAAAAUGUGUCUGUGUGUCUUGAAUAGGCAAUAUGUGUCUGGAGUGGGCACCAGUUAUAUGUUGCACGAUGACCCCGCAACAUCUCAGCUGUACUGUGCAGUUGAAUGAAGUUAUGCAUUUUCCCCUUUUUGAAGGGAUUCAGUUUUGAAAGAUGGUACUUUUUUUUUUUUUUCUUUUUUUUUAGUGACUUCAACUGAAUAUUUGCAUCUAGUUCUGAAGUUGUCAGCGGCACACUGUGUCCACAGUUCAAUUAUUACUUGUAUGUUGUUAUUGACAAAGAAGUCCUUAGAUUCAAAAGACAGCUUGGGGGGAAUUGUGCAUGCCUCAACCUGAAGGAGUGUUUGCACAGGUUGUUCAAGUUACAGUUUACUCCAAAGGAUGAUUGUGUCUGCAUAUGAAAAACAAAAGACAAAUACUGAAGAGUUCCCAUUUCAGUUCCCACUUGUCUUUGAAACUUUCUGUUGCUGCAUUUGGUGAUGAGAUUAAACACAAUUGUAGCUUACAGAAGUGUUUGCACACAUGCUUUUGAAAAGGUUUGUCUAAACCCAGAAUUUUAACAUUGUUUCACAAAAAUGUUUAUUUCAGGUUGUCCUGCUGUUAAAUGGAUCCAAAAGAAAAAAACACUUAAAGAAGUUUAGGAAGAUAUAUCUUUUAAUUUUGUACUUUAAUUUCUGACAAUUUAACUUACCCUAAUUUAGCAAAGGAAAAGAGUGCUACACUGUCAGUCAGAUUCAGUGUACCCAAAUAAUGAAUCUACACAACUUUUCUACGGAUUGUGUAUUUAGGGGCUGAAUUUGUAUCAUUUGUGAAUAACUGUGACUACUGGGAACUCAACUUGUACAUAAUUGUUGCGUGAAUAUGCUUUUGAAUUGAUUUGAUGUAUAAUGGCACAAAUUAAGUCAGACUCGAGUUACCAGAGUAAAUGUGGUCAAUUUAGGUAUUUGUUCCCAAAGAAGCCAGUAUCCAGAGGCUCAAGGUCGGAUAAGAAAGCAGAAAAAUGCUUCAGGAUGUGUGUAGGUGCGUUUCUUCACUUGGCUAACUGGAUUUGUCUUGCUCUUGCAUUGUUAUGCAUCUUCUAAUGGUCUAAUCUGAUUUUGGGCCUGUAUUGCAAUGCGAUGGAAAACCCAAAGUUAACAGGAUCUGUUUAUAAUCAGAUACCUUUGAUCUAGGAUAAAUAAACAAAAUACAGUAUUUGGAAAAAUAAAAAUGUUUGCCAAGUAAUCGCACCUGUAUAUUUAUUUGCAGUAGUACGCGCCUGCGCUUUUCUUUUGAAAUAUCCCGACCUGACCGGAAAAUGCUGUGUCUUCUGGACGGAAAACAGAACCCAGAUUAGUUAGCAGUUUCUGCAGCGUUUUGAAACAUUUUUACAUGGGUGUUUUUGUCUGUAACGUUAUUUUCAUUAAACUACGGGGCUUAGUCCAAUCCACAGUACAUCCAGCCAGCUCGGUCGGUCACCUGGAUAACUAACGCUUCCGUUAGUUGACGUUAUGUUGACACAACAGGAAGGAUUGCUAAUUUAGCACUGAAUUUACCGUCAGCAGUGUCGAUCAAACCAACGGACCAGCUAACGUUUACCAACGGCUGUUUUAACAAGGCCAGGAGACGAUGAGAACAACUGCUUUUAUAAGUCGUUUAUUUUCUAUCCCGGAUAUUAUUUAGCUGUUCGUGGUUAACGUUAGAUCGCUCGCAGUUUCGCAACGAUAACUAUUGGCAACAUAUUAGUGCUGCUAGCUGAGCUAAGUUCUCGUUCAGGGAGGGGGAAACAAACAGCUACGUCGUGGUCAAAACUGGCUCAGCUUUCGCUUUUACAAAGUUAAUGUGUAGUGUUACAAUGAAGUAGCUGCGGGAUACUCCAGCUGCUAUGGUGUACGCGAUACUGCUGCACCUGCCAAGUUGAACGACUGACAGUGAGGACACCGGGUCCAGAAUGAAGGCCCUCGGAUCCAGAUUCUCCUUCUGUGCGGGUUUCGUGGUGGGAACCUGCACGCUGUACGUGUUUCUGCGGCAGGUAAGCUUUGAGAAGACCAUGUCAUCACAGCAGGUCAGCAGCUUGCAUCAACGUCAUGACCACCAGCAACAGCCUGAGGAAGAGAGGAAGAUAUGGAAGAAGGAGAGGUCUGCUCUGUUCAACCUAAGGCACCCUCAUCAUACAGGUGAGGAUAGCAGCAUGGCUGAUGAACUAUACAAAAAGGUGCGUAUUCUUUGCUGGGUGAUGACUGGACCCAACAACCUGGAGAAGAAGACUCGCCAUGUGAAGUCUACUUGGAGUCGCCACUGCAAUAUCGUGGUCUUCAUGAGCUCUGUGGACGACCCCGACUUCCCCACGGUGGGCUUAGACACAAAGGAGGGUAGAGACCAGCUUUACUGGAAAACGAUCCGGGCCUUCCAAUAUGUCUACGAGCAUCACAGCAACGAGGCGGACUGGUUCCUUAAGGCAGAUGACGACACCUACGUAAUUGUAGACAACCUGCGUUUGGUUCUCUCGAACCACACACCGGGUGAGCCGAUUUACUUUGGCCGAAGAUUCAAGCCCUACGCCAAGCAGGGCUACAUGAGUGGUGGUGCGGGCUAUGUGUUGAGCAGAGAGGCUCUGCGGCGAUUUGUAGAAGGAUUUAAAAGCAAAGUCUGCACUCACACUAGCUCUGUAGAGGACCUGGCAAUGGGGCAGUGCAUGGAGAAAGUUGGAGUGCUGGCAGGGGACUCCAGAGACGCUGUGCAGAGGGAGACAUUUCAUCCAUUUGUCCCCGAGCAGCACCUCACUGCCAAGUUUCCCAAGAGCUUCUGGUAUUGGAGCUACUGCUACUACCCGAUCUCGGAGGGUCCAAACUGCUGCUCGGACUUGUCCGUGUCAUUCCACUAUGUAGAUGCUCCACAGAUGUAUUUAUUGGAGUACUACACAUAUCACCUGCGUGCCUUUGGCUACAGAUAUCGUUACCAGCCCCCCAUCCCGCUGGUGUACAAUAUUAAGCAGUCAAGUUCCCGGGAUGCUGCAGAAGAAGGAAAAAAAGAGCUGACUUCUCAGGAGAAAGGGCAAGGAGAGGGGGAUGAUCCAUCCAGGACUGACACGAGACAGGAUAUAGAUUCCCCUCCUGCUGCUGGUAAUGUCCCUCCUGCUGCUGGUAAGGUCCCUCCUGCUGUCCCAGCAGGCAAAUAACAGUUUAACUGUGUGGGUGCGUGAUGGAAAGUGCUUAUUCAUUGUGAUAAUCUUCGCUCCAAUUUUUACACAAGUAGAAAAUAAGUCCACUUUGAUUUGAAAUGUCUCCACACAUGCGUGUGUUUCUGAAGGACUGCUGCUAAUGUGAAUUGCAACUGUGAGACCGGUCUUAAGGCCAAGAGGUGGUUUAUGACUUACCCUCGUUUUCAGGGUUUUUUAGGUGGUUUUACAGCUGAACAUCUUCUUUAGACGUUGGGAAUGGCUUUCUGUAACCUGCACUCAUUUGUUAAUUAACUAAAGCACCUUUUUAAUCCACAUGAUACUAGUAUGUUCCAGAGCCACUUAAAUUUGAUUCGUCAAAUAUUUUAUCUUUUUCUUGACUUUUGCAAAUCGCUUGUGGUUUGCUGGAGUUGUUUGACUUAAUUUCACACGGAUGACCAUAUGCCUUGGAAGCCAAUAUACGCCAAGAGCUGCUCAGACGGAGCAUAAAGCUUUUCAGAUCAAAUUUAAAUCAAAAAGUGCCUCACCUUGUACAUCAGCCAACACCCAUUUGUCCACAGUGAUUUGGGUGUUUGUUUUAGCAUACUGUGGUUAACCAGUUUCCAUGUCACAUCCCAAACUCGUCAGGCUGCAUUCAGAAGCAUGUUCACAAUAAAGUUAGGUGUAACGCUGUGUAAACGAUCUGUGGAGGACUAAAUCAAUUUUAUUUGAUUGUAUGCUGCGGUAGCUCAGAGAAGCUUGAUUCCAUAUGAAAAAAAAGUCUUAUAUUUGUGUCAAGUUUUUUAUUCACAUGAAUAGGGCUGCAACUAACUAUUUUUAUUGUGGUCAUCUUUACUGAUUUAUCUUCCAAUUAAUUCCAAAUACAUUUCUCAACUAACUUGACUCUCAACUAACUAACCUAAAAACCAGGUCUUAAACCCCCCCCACAAAAUACAGACAGAAAGUUAAUUUCAGCAGGAAACCAUUGUUUGGAGGCAUUCAUAUUUCUCUGUCUAAUAGAAAUACAUUAAUGUGAGAAUGAUGCUUUUAAAUAAAAAGUCCAAAUUUAUAAAUGUAUACAGUCCAGCCAAAGAUUUGCAUGAGGGAUGAUAACAGACACACUAGUCUGUAUUUUUGUCAAUCAAUCCAGGUGCUUUCUAUUUGUUUAUGUCAUUUGUGUAUGUCCAGUUAACCUGUAUCCUUUUGUUCUCCACCAUGGGGUUAAUUUGAUCUGGAAUACAAUGUUUACAUUUUAACCGACUACUUCCUUGUCUGGCUGAAGGUGUGUUUAACACACCUUCAGCCAGACAAGGAAACACACCUUCAGCCAGAUUCUUUGUUUGAAAUGAAACGCAGUCUUCUCCAAAUCAUGUCUACCUGUGCUUCCUGAAACUGGCACUAGACACGCACACUUCUCAUUUCUCCUCAUCUCUUCCUUGUGGACUCAUCAGCUUGUGCCUUGUCAAUUUGAGAUUGUAUAAUUCAUCAGCUGCACACAUGACGUUGCACUGUGACAUCACCAUGAUGAGAGUGAUGCUUUCAGAUGGAGUAUGAUUUUAUUGAAUCCUUCCAAUGUAAUGAGUAUAUGGCCUUUGGGAAAGCCAGCAGAUGACUUGUUCAUGUCAGCAAGAAUUUUUAUUUUAUUUUUAGUUUGUGUAAUUAAAAUGAAAAAAUCCAGUUUAAACCAAAUCAGCAUGUUUUACAUAAUUGCUUCCUUUGAAAUGAAUUUGAAUUUGUACAACAUUUUAGUAGCAAAGGACUAUAGGGCAGAUUCUUCUGCGGGCAGCUGUGCGGGCCCAACACAUCUGGUGCCUGUGAUACCACACAUCCAGUCCUUGACAAUCUACUCCAACAUUCAAAUUUGAUCUAAGGGAAAGGUGUACAGUACUGUAUUUAUAUUUGAAAUGUAUUUAUGUUGGUAUUGGCGUUUAAAUUGAGUCAGUACACUUAAGUGUGUAAAUUGAUUUUGUGUGACCAGUGUGCAGGAUCGUUUGGUACUUUAAUCACUAUAAAUAAAUGCAUAUUUUACUGUA